GGCUGGAAACGGGCCUGCGGCCGCCGGGCUGCCAUGAGGCACCUGCCGUACUUCUGCCGCGGGGAGGUGGUGAAGGGCUUCGGCAGGGGCUCCAGGGAGCUGGGCGUCCCCACGGCUAACUUUUCUGAGCAAGUAGUUGAAAGCUUUCCAUCUGAUAUCUCUACUGGUGUAUACUAUGGAUGGGCCUGUGUUGGAAAUGGAGAUGUGCAUAAAAUGGUUUUGAGCAUCGGACGGAAUCCUUUCUAUAAGAAUGUUAAGAAAUCAGUGGAGACGCAUAUUAUCCACAAUUUCAAAAAUGAUUUUUAUGGAGAGAUUCUUAGUAUAGUCAUUCUUGGAUAUGUUCGAUCAGAAAAAAACUUCAGUUCUUUAGAGGCACUCGUUUCAGCAAUUCAGGAAGACAUUGAAGAGGCAAAAAGACAGCUAAAUUUACCAGAACAUCUUAAACUCAAAGAAGACAACUUCUUUAAUCUGCCAGAAGGCAAAACAGCAAACUACUAAGCAAUACUACGUGGGUUUUGUCAUCUCUUGGAACUCUUUUCUUUGCACUACUGUGUAUCAUAUAAGAUGUAUGUGUGUACUGGGUCUGGCUGGGAUAGAUUUAAUUUUCUUCAUAGCAGCUCAUAUGGUGCUGUGGUUUAGAUUUGUGACCAAAACAGUGAACGUGACACACUGAUGCUUUAGCUAUUCCUAAAUAGUACUUGCACAGCAGCAGGGCCCUUCCUGGUUUCUUGCUCUGCUCCCACAGUGAAUAGAUUGGGCCUGUGUAAGAGGUUGAUAGGGAACACAGACAGACAAGUGGCCUGAACUAACCAGAGAUAUUCUAUGCCAUAUAAUGGUUGUGCUGAGCUAUAAAAUAGAGAGGACGGGGUAUAGAGAGGUUGGCCAUUUUAUGUUGAGGAACCAGCUGGGCAUCAGUCUACCCAUGUGAGAUGGUAAGUGGUUGCCUUUGCAUAACUUGUUUUGUUUUCUUUCUUCUUCUUCCACUUCUCCUUUGCUUGUUAAUCUAUUUUUGCCUUGACCCACAAAUAUUUUGGCUUUUAUUCUUCCAUUCUUUCCCUGUCCCAUGGGUGCGAGGAUGACAGAAGUGAACUAGUGACUGUAUGGUGCUUAGCUGCCUACUGGGCUUAUCUUGCAACAGUAUGUUUAGGUGAUUGUGAUUGGAACUGAAUGUUAAAACCACACAAGAUGGUUUAAGGUUGUGUUACUUGAUUGUUUAACCAGUCAUGCAGAAGGAAUGGAAGGCUGUUUUAGGUCUUUACAGAAAAAUCAUGAAUCCAAAUGUUACCAGUCAUUUAAAGAUCUUAGCAUAUGUGAAACAAGACCAAAGGUAGUUGUGACCUCUUCUGCACCUAAGGUGUGGAGAGUUGAAUACUUCAAUGAAGAUUGUCAGUGUUUCAGAUGGACAAUGUUAUUCCAAAUUAUUUGCCUAAUUUUAUGUCAUUAUUGCGUCUGGAUUGUAGUUAGCAGCUUAGAAAAUGUUUAUAUUGUUUGAGUCAAAAAUUUACCAGUGCCAAUGAUUAGAUAACAGUAACAAGAAUAAUGCACUAUAGUUCCUAUUUUUGAUAUGCUAUAUAGCUAUCAUAGUUGCAACUGUCAUUUUAAUUGAAAUUAUUUAUUGUAAUUUUAAUGGAAAUAGAGGAAAUGACUGAGUUACUGGAAUAUGAGAUAGAUACUUCAGCCUAGUUGACUGUGCAUGUGACAACUCGUAGCUUGUGUAGUUGCCUUCUGAUGAAGUGUUUCACUGAAGUUCAGGAAGUGAAUGACAGGGCAAAAGUUGGUACACUGUAGAAGUUCAGGCUCAAAUGGUGCAGAACCAGUCUAACUAUUUUUGCUCUUUGGGUCCUAAAGGAGAUAAAGGCAACUGCAUUUUGGUUGCUGGUGGCAGCUACCUUACAUGAGAAAGACGUCUGGGUUGUUCACUAUACUGACAGCGAAAUGAAUGACAACAAAGUUGACAUUAGAAUGUAAGGCAGAGGAAAAUCUUUUCAACUUCUGCACCAAGUGCAGGUAAGAUUCAAACUUGUGGCUGUAGAUCCAUAAAAGUCUUUAGGGAUUAGGUCAUGACAAUCGGUUGAAGACCCUGGCAACUGGCAAAAGGGAAACAUCGUACCCAUUUUAAAAAGGGUAGAAAGGAGGACCCUAGGAACUACUGACCUGUCAGCUUCACCUCUGUGCCUGGAAAGAUCACGGAAGAGAUCCUUCUAGAGGCUAUGCUAAGGCACAUGGAGGAUGGGGAAGUGAUUUAAGACAUCUAGCAUGGCUUCAGCAAGGGCAAGUCCUGACUGACCAACCUAGUGGCCUUCUAUGAUGGAGUGACUACGUCAGUGGACAAGGGAAGAGCUACAGAUGUUAUCUGUAGACUUCUGCGAGUCCUUUCACACAGUCCCCCACAGCAUCCUUCUCUCUAAAUUGAAGAGAGAUGGAUUUGGGGGGUGGACUGUUUGGUGGAUGAGGAAUUGGUUGGAUGUUAGCAUCCAGAGGGUACUGGUGAACAGCUCAAUGUUCAGUGACAAGUGGUGUUACCCAGGUAACACUGGGACCAGUACUAUUUAAUAGCUUCAUAAGUGACAUAGUGGGAUUGAGUGCACCCUCAGCAGAUUUGCAGACAGCACCAAGCUGUUGACACAUCUGAGGGAUGGGAUGCCAUCCAGAGGGAGUGGGACAAGCUCGAGAAGUGGGCCCAUGUGAACCUCAUGAGGUUCAACAAGGCCAUGUGUAAGGUCCUGCAUGUGGAUCAAGGCAACGUGUGGUAUCAGUACAGGUUGGGGGAUGAAGGGAUUGAGAGCAGCCCUGAGGAGAAGGAUUUGGGACUACUGGUGGAUGAAAAGCUGAACAUGAGCUGGCAAUGUGCACUUGCAGUCCAGAAGGCCAACAGUAUCCUGGGCUGCAUCAGCAGGCUGUGGCCAGCAGGUCAAGGGAGGUGAUUCUCCCCCUCUAUGCGCUGGUGAGGCCCCGCCUGGAGUACUGUGUUUGACUUUGGAGUCAGCACAAGAAAGACAUGGACCUGUGGGAUUGGGUCCAGAGGAGGGCCGUGAAGAUGGUCAGGGGUCUGGAGCACCUCUCACGUGAAGACAGGCUGAAAGAGUUGGGGUUGUUUAGCCUGGAGAAGAGAAGGCUUCUUAUUACAACCUUUCAGUACUUAAAGGGGGCUUAUAAGAAAUAUGGGUACAAAUUCUUGGCAGGGCCUGUUGCGAUAGGACAAGGAGUAAUGGUUUAAAUCAAAAGGGGGUAGAUUUAGAGUAGAUAUAAGGAGGAGAUUUUAUACAAGAAGGGUAGUGACAGGUUGCCCAGAGACAUGGUGUUGUAGCGUAGUGCCUUAAAGGCACCUGCCUUGCCAGCUGAUUACACAUGAAACCUACAUCUGGGUUACCAUAACUACAUUGGAGAUAGAUGAUGGUGGAAGUCUUUAGUGAGCUCUACCAAGAAAACUCACUCCCAUGUUCAACUUCCCAGCAAAUGCCAGUCCCAGUUACAGAUAAAUAUACACAAAUAGGUGAAGGUAUAACAUAUUUGUUAAGAGUGAAUACAUGGGAAAAUUAGAAAGAAUAGUAGAGAAAAACAUCAGCAAUGCAAGAGUAUGGGGUUCCAUACUUACAGUCCUUAUGUCAAGCAAGGAAAGAGUCCCUGGGACUGAUGGUAGGGUGGAAGCUUCUGCACAAAAAGCAUCUCCGAAGCAUGUGACAAUCUGGGGGGUCUUUGUACCCACUUUUAUAUUCCUUAGGGAGAGAACUUACUCAAUUCCACGUACGCUACACAGUUGUGAGUUUUUGUUCAUGUGGGGCUACACAGUUGUGGUUGUGAUCAAUUCUGUAUAUGGAUUGAUAUAAAGGGACGGUUACAUAAUUGUGGCUUAUUUUGUCCUCUAGAAGCUAACACUGAGCUAGUGCCACAGCUCUGCAUAACCUCUGACCUGUGUCGAGAGACAGUCAGGGACAAGUCUUAGCAACAGUAAUGUCAAGGUCUAAGGCCUUGUGCAGGCCAAAGCCUAAUGUCAUCCUGUAUCAGGUGGUAGAUGCCCUGUCCCUGGAGUCAUUCAAGGUCAGGUUGGAUGGGACCUGAGCUAGCUGAAGAUAACCUUGCUCAUUACAAGGGGGUUAGACUGGAUGACCUUUAAAGGUCACUUCCAGCCCAAACCAUUCUAUGAUUCUUGGAAUAAUAUAUCAACGCUUCAGUAGAUAUUGAGUAUUUACUACAAAUUAUUGAUGUCUUUCCUACUCUGAAAUAUUUGCGCAGAUAAAUGGAGGGUGUGUUGUCGAAAUUGGUAGUAAUUUGAAAAAUACUUGUUAAAAUUAGAUAGUAUGUAUAUGUAUAUAGUGUGCAUGUGCACUUCCAAAUCUACUCCUUCACCCCAGCACAAUUUUAUGCCUGUCCCUUCCCAUUCUGAUCCUACAUUUCAGAGAGCUCUGUCAAGGUUGCCUUAUGGGGACUCUCUGUGGUGGGUGCUAUCAGCCUGCCAGGACUGUAAUUUGUAAUGUUUUAACUUGCAGCCAAUCUCAUGGGGUAUUUGGAAAGAAGCCUUCAGCAAGUCAGGGAGUCCUUGUAGCUGUGCAGGAUUUCAGCCAAAACUUGAUUAUUCAGAUGAAUUUCCCUUUCUAAUAGGAAAAUAAUAAAAGAAAAUGAACUUACAUGCUAUCAGAAAUACCAUAUUUUAAAAACAAAACAAAAAAAAAAGCAAACUAACCAAACAAAAAACAAAAGCAAAAAAACCUGAACCUGUUUAAUGGACUUCUGAUGUAUGUAUGUUGUAUAUCUGUACAAGAAUUUUGAAAGUGAGUUUUUUUUUUCUCCACUUCAAAAUUGAGGGAUAAGAGAAUUCUUUUAGACUUUUUUUCACCACGAUGUAUGGAGGCAUUUUUGAGUAUAUAGCAAUGUCAAGAUCUUGUUCUAUAUUUUGGUUGUCUGGAAGAACAAAUAGCAGCCGUGUUGGGUGUAAUAUAUUGUCAAGCAUAUUUAAAGAAGAAGUCUUUAUUGAUUGUGGUGUUAUAGCUAAGCUCAUAGCUGUCUUUUCAAAUUAUUUUUUCCUAGUGAUUUCAUGUGUUGUGGAAAUCAUAGUGCAUUAAACUGGUUGUCUUGAGUAACUUUAUUCUGUAAUUGUUAAUGAAUGCUACUAUUCAUAGUUAAUUUCAUCAUUUGGUUUUAAAACCACUGUGAUUGAGGGUAGAGAACAGUAGCAAAAGGAAAACUUGAGAAACUUAGUUUGCUCACAGCUCUCACCUGUAUUGUGAAGUAUGUAUACAGUAAAGUAAUAAACUGAUUUUUUUAUGUUUGCCUUCAAGUUAAAGAAGAUGUAAUUGCACUAGCUUGACUGAGUGUACCUAUCUCUGCAUAUUAUUUAAUAUCAAAUAUGGUAUAUUGGGUUUUAAGUUCAAUACCUGAUUCCUGGCACAGUAUAAACUUUAUGAAAGGUAAUAUUUUUGUAUUAUGUGCAGAUAACUAUUUCAGCUUAUGUUGUGAUGCUAUUAUUAAUAAAAUAACGUGAGUGAGAAAGUAGUAUUGCUGCUUGUCACACGUUUUCUAAUUGUAUUAUGUGUGAUGCAAAUCAUUUGUGUGUAUUCCUUGGCAUAUAAUAUAAGAGGUGCAGCAGAGUUCUUUCAUAGGGUGCUUAAACUUGUUUCAGUUUUGAGGGGGGAGGGGGAAGAAUUGUUAUUCUUGAUUACAAACUUGGUGCUACAUUAUUUAUGUUCUAGAUGUUUGCAGUUCUUUAUUUGUAAGGCAAUAUGUGAACACCAAGUGAGGCAUAAAGGUCACUGAAGUUGUUGGGGUUUAAGCAAUGUAUUCCCACAGUUUCAGAUACUUUAAAAUAAAGUCUGUGGUGCAUUUUAA